AUGGCUCAACCCGCAGUCAGACAACCUGCUGUCUCCAGGUCCCGUAUUGCCCGACCAGGCGGCAUCCCAGCGUCUCGCAGUGGCGAUCGUAUCCACCUCACAGAAGCUUCCUCUUCCACUCACCUGACAAAAGGCAAAGCUGUCAAGGCAGUCGGCGCUUCCGCUGCCGGCAAGCUCCGAGUCGACCCGAAAGCCAUGCCACAACGUGCCGCCCUCUCAGACGUCAGCAAUCGCGCUGGCGCAGUAAAAGGACCUGCUCAGACGGAUGGCGCUGCAAAAUUGGCGCCCGGCCACAAUGGCCUUCGCGCUCAGCACACAAAAAGUAUGACCCGUCUACGUGACGCUCGCUCGCGAUCCAUAACAGAAGAGGGGUUCCCUGGGCCAACACGAUCCGUGUCCGAACAGCGCGAUCUCGCCUCGAGCGGAGUCCAGUCCAUGGAUGUCGAAGUGGCUCGCCUUCUUCCACCAUUCCAAAGCUCCGCCUCGUUCAAAUCAGGCAUGCGAGGCGAAUCGAGCGGGGAUGCAGAGCUCCAAGAUCUGCCUGCUACGCACGGCGAUGACGUCGAAGAGGACGACAUGUCGGACGUCGAGUCCACGUCGAGCAGCGACGACGACACGGCGGAAGAUGCCGGCGCGGACCAGGCCAAUUGGCUCGAUUCAGAGCGACUCGAUGCUGGCACAAGGCCUGAGAGCGUCACCUCGGCCGAAGACGGCGACAUGCUCGACUUCAACAUUGACCCCGAGGGUCUCGUCUCGUUGCAUCCUGAGCUCGAGGAGGCUGCACGACGCAAGGUGGCCUUGAUCAAGUCCCGGUACCAGGAGGAAGUCAUCCAGCCACGCGCGGUGCGAGCGCAAGCUCAACGCGCAGAAGCGGUAGCCGCCGGUCAGCUUUCGGCGGACCUGGCAGCGCACGAAGACGAGCUUAUCGUCAUGGGCUUGGACCCGGAAGAAGUGCGCGACACGAGCAUGGUAGCAGAAUACUCGCAAGAGAUCUUCGGCUACAUGGCACGGUGCGAGAGGGAAACCAUGGCCAACCCCAACUACAUGGACUUCCAGAGCGAGAUCCACUGGCACAUGCGUGCGACACUGGUCGACUGGCUCUUGCAGGUACACAUGCGCUACCACAUGCUGCCCGAGACGCUUUGGAUCGCCAUCAACGUCGUCGACCGCUUCCUCAGCGUGCGCGUGGUCAGCCUUGCCAAGCUGCAGCUCGUCGGCGUCACGGCCAUGUUUAUCGCAGCCAAGUACGAAGAGAUCCUCGCGCCCAGCGUCAAGGAGUUCGUAUACAUGACCGAGGGCGGCUACUCGCAGGAGGAGAUCCUCAAGGGCGAGCGCAUCAUCCUCUCGACGCUCGACUUCAACAUUUCGUCAUACUGCUCGCCAUACUCGUGGGUGCGCAAGAUCUCCAAGGCUGACGACUACGACAUUCGCACACGCACCUUGUCUAAAUUUUUGAUGGAGCUUGCGUUGCUCGACCACCGCUUCCUUCGUGCUCGACCCAGCCUUGUCGCAGCGGUGGGCAUGUUUUUGGCGAAGAAGAUGCUUGGGGGCGAGUGGGACGACGCGUUUGUCUACUAUUCGGACUUUACCGAGGAGCAGCUGGUGCCCGGAGCCAACCUGUUGCUCGAGCGUCUGCUGGAUCCAGGCUUUGAGGAGCAGUUUGUGUACCGCAAGUAUGCCAACAAGAAGUUCCUCAAGGCGAGUGUGUUUGCGCGCGACUGGGCUUACCAGAACCACAGCGCAUUGCUCGCUGCUGCUGCCGCAGCGGCGGCCGCUCAAGGAGGCCAGCCUUCGCAAUAG